GUGACAAGCUGAGAAAGCACUGUUGAGGGGAACUUUACAUCUCAAAGUGCUUUUCUCUAUUUGUCCCUUUUGCUGUCCUGCUUCCAACCUGUUCCUUCUAUGUCCUUCUGUAUGGAAAUUUCCAUACCAUUGGCUGUCUACCCCUCCACCAAGUCUACAAGAUGAAAGGGAAAAAAAAUAGGCUGCAGAAUGGGGAACUGGCUGCUGUGGCACAUUUAGCUGCAUGAGAGGAGAAGCAGCUUCUUUUUUAGCUCUUAGCCAGUAUACUCUCUAUAAAACUCUGACCAUCUGUGCAGGAGACCUAAGUUCCUGUAUUCUGAAUGCAGAGUGGCAAUUGUCAUGGCAAAAGUUGUUGCAGUCACAGCCACAGCCUGUCUUUGGUAGAGAGAUGGCUGUGCUAGACCUGCUCCAGUCCGUGGAGUGUGACAGACAUCCUAAGGAGCUCCUGUCCCAGUUCAGUGAUGGAUCAGUUGCUUCCUUCAUCAUGCUCCAUUGUAUAAGAGCAGGGCAUUCAUAGCAGUGUGGUGUUCAUCCUCUGCUUGAAGUUUACUGAAUUGGUGACUAACACAUAGCACUGGGACUUUCCUGCUUGCUGCUGUUUCCCCAGCUCUUAGACAUGGGGAAAUUUGCCGUAAGCUGAAGAGUUUGAGGUUGGCUGCUUUUCCCCAGCUCAGCUACUGUUGGUUUCACUUGCAGUGAGCCACCCACACAGCAGCAAGAGCUAUAAUGAGGUGAGAAAGCACUAGACUGUGUUCUGUGGGUAGAAUUUCCACACCUGGCUGAGGGUUAUAACCACUCCCCAGUUCUUGUCUUGAGGCUGUAGAGUUGCUGUGAGAACCAGGAACGCACUGGCCAUGGCUGGCCAUGGAGGGAGCACCUGUGCAUGUGUCUGGUGAUUUCCUAAGAGAAGAUACAAGCCUCUGUGCAAUCUCCUCCGUGUGUGCAAGACAUACGUAGUCACAGCUCUGUGAAGGACAUCCAGUCAGAACCGACAUGAGGAACAAACGGUGGCUCCAGAAUAUUUCCUUCUUCCUUUUAUUCCAAUACACUGUGUGUUGUGAAAACCUCACUUGUUUUGUGGACUACAUACAGACCCUGUCCUGUAUCCUGAAAAAUGACCUGGGUGCUGGUUCAUACAGCCUCACUGCAACAUGGAUUCCUGAGGAAGAUCCUGAAAAUACUGUGGCUGCGUGCAGUCUCCUGCAAUUGUCCAGGAACACCAGUCACACAGAGUACAUGUGCACUGUGGACAUGACUGAACUCCUAGGAGAUACCAAGGUCCAGGUGGAUGUUACAGAGGUAGCUGAUAGGCAGCAAGUGAUUUCCAAAGACUUUUAUUUGUCAGACAACAUCAAACCACAGCCUCCAUUCAACCUGACCACUUUGUUCUCAGAGGGUUACAAUAUUUCUUGGGAAACCACCUACCAGAAAUCUCCCUUCCACUUUUUGAAUGAGGAGCUGGAAUAUCAGCUGCGUUAUAAGAGAAGGACCGAUAGCUGGGAGACUCAGAAGACUAAAGCUGUUCAUGAAGGUAAACAGACACUGGUGAUCCUACCAUGGGAACUCCAAGUGAACACUGAGUACGAGUUCCAAGUGAGAGCCAGACCCCGCGAAGACAGCGGCUACCAUGGGUUUUGGAGUGAAUGGAGUCUUCCAGUGUCACUGAAAACCAGCCCUGCCGCAGUAACACAAACAGCAGGCAUGGGAUGGCUGCUGCUGUUUGGUGUUGUUGUGUCAGUCAUGGCUUCAAUCGCAACCUUUCUGGCCAAACAGCAGAGCUUUUGGAAGAAGAUGGCUUGCAUACCAGACCCUGCUCCCUUUUUCAAACCUCUUUACCUGGCACAUAAUGGAGAUUUCAAGAAGUGGGUUGGUGCAUCCCAUACAAAAAUGACCUUUGAUUUCUUUGAAUGGGGAAUAGUCCUGCCAGAAGUCCUAGAAGUUUAUACCAUGCGUCCUUCUAACAACACCACACGGGAAGAGCUGCAUGAGCUGAGAAAGAAUCUGACUUGCAAGACCUGUGUGUCUUGCCUGACUGCCCCAGGCCACAAUAGCCAGUCCCUGUGGUCCGGUGUAAACAGCAGUGGUGGGACUGAGGAGCAGUCAUACGGGCACUUGUCCAUUGAUACGGUGACUGUGGCUGAUGAAUUUACAUCCUGUAACCACCAGUGCAGCUGUAACCACGUGUACAGGGGACAUAAGCAUACCAAUGAGGAAGAUGAUAGUGCUGGAGGACCUGGUUACCCCAAGGUUAACAUUGAUGAGGAAGACAGAAAGAUAUCCCAUGACUUGCAUCUGGCUGAUCUGAGCACGCAGGACAAAAUACUUGCUUCAGGUUCCGUGUCCACAGACCACUUGAGGAGCACAAGUGUCCCAGUCCACCAGCAAGUAGAAAGGUCUUCAGAAGGAGGAGUGGGGAACAUCCUAGAAGCCCUUUGCUUGCAGCCUCUUCGGUGGGAUUUGGAAAAUCCAGGUUCUCUACCUUCUCCUGACGGUGACAGUGUUUCCUACAGUGAAGGCUCCUAUGACUUCUUCCCUCACAGUACCAGGCCCGGUGACAGUUACCCUAUGAUCUGCGUUGAUUUGGACACUAUUGACAGUGGCUUUGUGGACUCAGACUGUGGAAGUCCACUUGAUUGUGAAUUUGGGCAAAACAGUCAGACCAACUGUGGGCCCAUCUCUCUUGAGCAGGAGGGGCAGGACUUUCCACGGAGCUACGUCAAGCAGUGGGUCUCCUGUCGCUCUGACAGCCCUGUCAGUGGGGCACAGGCAAACUGAGGGCUUGAUGUUACUUGGCAGAGUGUGGGGCCUUUCCUUACUGUGCCAGGGGCAAAGUGUUAGCAAAAUUCAGAAGA